UUCGCUGUCGGCCUUGGCUGUGCCUGCGGUUCACCCCUCCGCACUCAAACAUGACAUUUAUUUUUUGUCUCCUCCUAGUCCGCAGUGAGUCCCAUCGUGUCCGGGGAGUGCAGUCACCACCGGGACAUGACGGCCCGCAUCUCCUUCACUCAGUGCCGCCUGGAAGCGGAGCUGGACCGAUACCGGGCCGAGUGUCAGUGGGACAAGAUCCGGGCUUUGGUGGACCAGAUGCAGGCUGCGAGGAUUCACGAAGACGAUGAUUACGGGACACUGCUGAUGGCUGAGUCAUUGCUAGAGGAAUGCCUGCAAGAAAACAUGGAUCUGUUACGGAGCACCACACCACUGAAGGAGAAAAACCAACCCAGACUAUCCCAAGCCAAAGCCCAUCUCAACACCAUUUUGAGCCGAGGCCUUUUAUCACCCAGGUACUUAAAUGAGGCUCUACUGCUGAUGGCCAAAGUUCACUAUGUGCAGGGUCACUAUCGAGACGCCCAGGGGAUGUGUGCCAGGGUCGGAUUGGAGGAACUGACACAGGAUGAGCAGCCUGUCUACCACCUCCGCCUGCUUGCCGAGGCUUUCGUCAUAAAAGGAAUGUCUCUGGACCAUCAGUCUGUUUCUGCAGUGUCUCGUGUCCGUCUGUCCGAGAGGCAGGAGGAGAGUCUGUCCUGUUACCUCAGAGCCUGCGACUCUGCGCUGUCCUACCUGCAGCAACUUGAUAAGGUUGCAACAACGGCUCACAGUAAGACCUCCAAAGGCAGCGCUCUGCCUCCACCUGCAGACAUCAACCUGGGCUUCUUCGUGCAGGCCGCGCUGCAGAGCGCUUAUCUUUGUUUACUGCACAGAGGUCAUCUAGCACAGGGUGCUCAUCAGCUGCGUCGGGUGCUCAGGGUGGUAGAAUCACAAGGAUCUCAAAGCUUCAGGAAGUCUGCAGCGAGGAAGCUGGCAGAGGUGCUGUUGAGCUCAAUGAGUGAGGAUAGUUACUGGCCCCCGCUAGGCCCCCCACCCUCAGCUUGGCUCCACAGGGAGGGAGCCGCUGCUUCUAAAGACGCCAUCUACCCCACUGUUAAACCACCUCAACGUUACACCAGUGACAGUUGCUUCUGUCCUCAGGACGUGGUCGAGGAGGCCGUGUUGUUGCUGCUCAUCGCAGAGUCCAUGGCCAGUGGUGAGGCGGUGAUCAGUCGUCUGCCGGAUCAAGCCGAGGCUCGCCAGGCCAGUCUGCAGGAUGCCACUUCUGUGUAUGACCUGCUCACCAUUGGCAUGGCCAGGAGGGGGCAGUAUGCUAUGCUGUCUGAGUGUCUGGAGCGAGCGCUGAAGUUUUCAUUCAACGAGUUCCACCUCUGGCACCAGCUGGGUCUGUCACUCAUGGCAGCCGGGAAGGGCAUUGGUGCCGUUUCUGUGUUUAAGGAGUGUGCCAAGAUGAAACCAGAGGACCCUUCAUUGCCCCUGUUGGCUGCCAAAAUCUGCAUUAGUCAACUGCACUGGCUGGAUGAGGCUGAGGCUUUGUCUCAGAGUGUUGUGUCUAUGGGAGAAGGAGCAGGUGAAUUUUUGCCCAGAGCCUACCUCGCUCUGGGACUCUGCUGCAGUUUAAAGGCUUCCGAUGCCACUGUGAAAGCUGAUCGGGAUGAGUUUCACAAAAAAGCACUCCAAGCUCUGAGCAAGGCUCAUUCUUUAGACCCCCAAGAUGUGCAGAUUGCAAUGUACCUGGCUUUACAGUUGGCCCUAGUACGUCAGGUAUCAGCAGCCAUGCAGCCAUUGCAGGAAGCUUUGUCUCUCUGUGCAGAUGACUUACACGCCCUCCACCUGCUGACCCUGAUGCUCAGCGCACAGAAGCACUACCGCCAUGCAUUGGACACCCUGUGUCUGGCCCUCAGCCAGCAUCCUGACAACUUCAAUUUGAUGUUCACUAAAGUGAAGCUUGAGGAAACCCUGUUUGGGCCGGCUGUAGCUCUCCAGACUUGUGAAGACAUGCUGCAACGAUGGCAAAGCCGUUAUGAUGUCAGUCGCUCCAGUGAGACUGAUGACAGCAGCAGUGUACCAGCAGUCGAGAGGCCAGAAGUCACCUCUGGAGCCAGGAAAACCUCCAUCCACCUCACCCUGCCUGACUUCCAGGAUACCUCCAAUGCUUCACAGAGUCCCUCAUCAGUUGCACUGUCACGUCUAGAAGCAGCACUGUCAGAGGUGUCAGACAUCAGCUCCGCUCGUCGCCAAGGACCCGCCUACAUCUGGACCACCCUCGAGCGCAUUUGGUUACAGGCUGGGGAGCUGUUCAUGGCGGAUGGUCGGCUGAGAGAGGCCCAGUUUUGCAUAGCAGAGGCGAGCACUCUGUUCCCCAACUCACAUUCUGUGCUGCUGCAGCGGGGCCUCCUGGCUGAGCUCCGGGGCCAACUGGACGAAGCCAAAAGCCUGUAUGACGAGGCUCUGGCUAUUCACCCAACAGGAGAGCGCAUACUGGUGCAAAUGGGCCAGUUGCUGGUUCGGACUGGGCGUGUCCAACUUGGGGAGAAGGUCCUGCGUGAUGCAGUUCAAGUCCACAGCACUUCCCACGAGGCGUGGAGCGGCUUGGGCGAGGCCUUACAGUCUCGUGGAUCCAACCAAGCCCCCGACUGCUUCUUGACAGCUCUGGAACUGGAGGCCUCCUGCCCCAUCAGGCCCUUCACCAUCAUCCCCAGAGAGCUGUGACGGGCCUGAAGACAGCUGCAGGCUGUGUGUUGGGGACCAGUCUCAGUCAUCA